UGACAGCCAAAGCCACCACUGUGAGAUAACUAAAACAUGCUAGUGAUGUUGCUUUACGCAAGUAAUGGAAAGAUUUGCUUGUUAUGUUUCCACUGGGGUUGUAACUGAGAUGGCAGUGUGAUUAGCAGCCAAUCAGUUUGUUUUAAAAUUGUUCCCUCCCAUUUUUUAUAGCAACAACAGAGAAAGUCAUCCUCUAGUGCGACAUAAGUCAUCGGCAGACCAGAGAAUAAGAAGUUUAGAAAAAUGCAUGUCGUACUUUCCACACUACUGAUACUUCAACUUGGAUGUUGUACAGAUGAGGGAUUUGAAAUAAAGACAGUAAACGCGGGAGAAGAUGUGACCCUAUCCUGUUACAACAAAAGCCUGAACUUUGCAAUCUUUUUCUGGAUCAAACUUGUUCCUGGAAAAAUGCCUGAAAUCCUAGGAAAAGGAUUCAGCAAUGGUGCUGGAGAGAAGAAGAUCGGUCAUUUUACAACCAAAGAAGAAGAAGGAAAAUUUAUUCUUCAUUCUGCAAAAGCUAAGCCAAGUGACUCUGCCUUCUAUAACUGUUUAUCAUUGGAUGGUACAGACAUCACCUUCAUUAGGGCAGUAUUUCUAGAAAUUAAAGGACCGCACUCUGAUUUUCCUGCAGUGGUUCAAAGUUCUGUUGAUCCGGUUUCUGCAGGAGACGUUGUGGCUCUGCAGUGUUCAGUUCUCUCUGAGUUUAAAAAUGAUGCAUGUCCAGAGGAACAGAGAGUGUUCUGGUUCAGAAAGAAUGAAGGGGAAUCUCAUCCCACUUAUAUUUACGCCAGAAGAAGCAGUGAUGUUGACUGUGACGGGGAUACAGAGACUCAGCCUCUGCAGAGUUGUGUCUACAGCUUCUUGAAGAAGGUCAGCUCCUCUGAUGCUGGACUUUACUACUGUGCUGUGGCUGCAUGUGGAAAAGUGGUUUUUGGAAAUGGAACAAAACUGGAUGUUCAAGGAGAUGGAACUCAUGAUUACAUGUGCAACAACAUAUUUUUCUUUCUGUUUUUUGGAACCUUGGUUUUCAGUCUCAUGAUGGUAACAUUUCUGUUUUGUGUCGUAUCAAAAAAAUCCUGUGAUGUCUGCAAAGCGCGUUUCUCUUGUACAACAAAUCCUGAAACAGUCAGGGAUGAACGCCAAAACCCGGAGAGAAAUCAAAACAAUGUGGUUUAUGCUACAACAGUCUUUGCAAAGAAGAAAGCUGAAAAGACAAGGGGAAGAAAAGGAGCAGCAAAGGAAGAGACCAUCUACAGUGAUGUGAGAGUAUUUGAGUUGAAUUAAUCAUACAUUAACUGAAAACAUAGAUGAUUGUUUUAGGAUGAUAGUAGUAGUUUAAUAGAUCUGUGUACAA